CUUAUAUUCUAAUUUGGAUAAGAAAUUUUAAUCUAGAAUCUUCCAUAUACUUUUUUUUUUUUGUUUUUUCCAUUUGGUGUGCGGUGACUACAUUGGAGUCCAACUAAAUCCGGAUUCAAUAUUUAUAUUCUAAUAAUAGCCUCAUACCGAAAUGCGGAGGAUUUUAGUAAAACAAGGUUCCACUAUUUCCAUAUUGAAUUACCAUCAGAAGCGUACUCUUGUCAAUGUAAAGCUUAAAUGGGUUAAAGAUAGUGUCUUGGAUUCUGUAGUAGCUAAAGGUACACAACUUAAGGCUGGAACUACACUAGUUUCCAUCAUUGCCUCACAAUCCACUUCUGGUAUUCCUAUUUACCAUCUCCAAAGAAAGCAUAGGCAGCUUGGACUCCCUCAUGACUUGAAAGUUUCCACUUUCCUUAGGCGAUACCCGAAUAUUUUUCAGGAGUUUUUUUGUAGUGAUAGUGCUGGUACUCCUGUUCCGUGGUUCAAAUUAACUCCUGAGACUUUAGAGUUUCAUCAUGAGCAAGUUGACGUUUUCCGCCAGUGCAGUACAGAUAUUGUUAAUAGGUUGAGAAAGGUUUUGAUGAUGACCAAUAAGAGGAUGCUUCCUCUUCAGACAAUUGAUCAGCUAAAAUGGGAUAUAGGCUUGCCGCAUGAUUGUGCUAGUUCAUUGAUUAUUAAAUAUCCUGAGCUGUUUAGUUUGGUGGACCUUCCUGAUGGUCGUGUCGGUCUGAGGCUUUUAGCAUGGGAUCACAAAUUAGCUGUUUCCCAUUUGGAGGCGAAUUCUGCAAAGGAAAAUGGGACCUUGAUGUUUCCUAUUGGAUUUACCAGGGGUUUUGGGUUAAAGAGAAAAUGUAUGAAAUGGUUGGAGGAAUGGCAAAAGCUGCCUUAUACUUCUCCUUAUGUAGAUGCUUCUCAUUUGGACCCAAGGACAGAUGUGUCAGAGAAGAGGAUAGUUGGAGUCUUUCAUGAGCUUUUGAACCUCACCUUACAAAAGAAAACAGAGAGGAACAAUGUGAGCAAUCUUCGUAAGCCAUUGGAAUUGCCUCAGAAGUUCACAAAGGUCUUUGAGCGGCAUCCGGGGAUUUUUUAUCUUUCUAUGAAGGGUGACAUGCAGACAAUUGUCCUUAGAGAGGCUUAUGAGCGCAAUCAACUGAUUGAGAAGCAUCCCCUUGUUCAGAUAAGGGAGAAAUUCGCGAACAUGAUGAAACAAGGCUUUCUAGAUCGUAGUAGAGGGCUAUAUAAAGACAAUAACCAAGGUCCAGAAGAAGAGGAGUCACUGACAAGUAGUUUUGUUGGUGAGACCUGUGGAACUAGAUAUUACUCUGAUAUAGUCUCAGAUUCAGGUAUGGGUUUAGAACAUGAAGCAAAGAAGAUAAAGGUCCUUCAAGAAUGUUGAAGUUAUAAGCUGAGAGGUGAUUGGACUGACUACUUGAGGCUCUUAGAAACAUGUGGAAGUAGUUUGCAUAUGCUCUUAGUAUAUGAAUAACAUUAGAUAGAGGUCCUUUAAGAAGUACUGUUGAAGAUAAAAGCUGAGAGGUGAUUAGCUGUAACUUUGAGAUUCUCCUUCUUCAUCUAAAUUUGCGGAGAAGUUCUUCAUAAUGUUGAGGAAGUUCUCCCCAAUCUCUGCUUAUGAUCUGGUCCUUAUCUUAGUUACUCAGACCAAAUCAAAGAAGACAGCCAGUUUAUUCCAAGAAGAGGGGGAAUUAACUAAUGCGAUUGAAAGAUGAGCUGAGAGUGUGAAUUACUCCCUUCAUGGCAUCAUUUCAGAGAACCACCUGCGGAGUGCCCUUUUGUAUGUCUCAAUGAGUAUUAUUGAUGGACUUCUGUUCUGUAAGAAGUAUUCAGCUGGAACUCUUGCAGCAACUGACUCUGUGGUGUCACCUAACUGUGAUGAUUUUCAGGUCCCAUGAAUGAAUCUGAGCAAAUGUGAAAACAAAAUACCUUUUAAGAUGUCUCUGAAGUGGACACAAAAUAUUUAGAAUGCUUUAGACUCAAAAUUGCUGGUGGCACUAAAUCAGGUUAUGAGGUUUUCUAUUUUGUUAGAAAAAACAUAGAUUACCAGAAGCUGCACUAAAGCUAUUAUAUAUAUCUAUAAAUUAUAAAUUUUCUUAAUUCAGAAGCUGCCUUAAAGCUCUCACAUUAUUUUCUGCUGAACAACUUGGCUUUGGCAGACAUCUCUCAGAGAAAGAAAUAUCACUUCACCAAGGUCACUUUCACAUUCAUCUUGAACCAAAUAUUUUGAACUUCUAUCAUUAUAUAUACAAGAAGUUUCCUGAAAGAAGGAAUAUUUGGCAACGAGUUUGAGUGCUUGCAGAUAUCUAGCAUGGAUAUUCCUGAUAAAUGUUGUUCCAAAAUCAAAUGAAAGCAAGUGUAUCCAUAUGCAUUACUUGACUAUAUCCUAUCAUUACCAAAAUUAUCUUUAUACAUUUUCUGAAUAAUUUUUUGUAGUCAUAUACUUUUAGCUUUGCGCCACAUUCUUUAUGUAAGAUAUUGAGGAUUCGUUUGUCUUAUAAAUAUUAUGCCUAGAUGGGACACUGACAUUGAAACUAGUAGCCGUCAGUUUGUGUCCAUAACCCUAAAAGAAAUACAAAACAAGUGAUAUUUUACCUGUACAAGAUAAAUAAGUUCAAAUAUAUAUAAAUUCAUAGAGAGAUGAUCUGAAAAUAGCAUUUGGAUUGACUGAAGAACAAGUGCUUUUAGGAAGAAAAUGUUAGGCUUAAGUCUUUCUUAUGCAUCUAUGUGUGAGCUCCAGUAUCGAUGCUCAUUUUCAUUUAGAUCAAGUUCUUGCUAGAUUGGAUAUGUUGAUAACUAACUUCCCCUUUAGUUUAGUUUCUUCAUACCUUAUAUGGUUUUCAGGUUAGCUACUCUUCCAGUUUUAGGCAAAAAAUAAUAUCUUUAUCUUAUUAUAUGAUGUUUUCUGACUGAUGUUUUUAAGCUGUCUUAAUCUGAUCUGAAUUUCUCUUCUUCGGCUAAAUCUUUCCAUUUUCCCCUUAUUGUCGGAUUAUUGAUCCAUUUCAGAUUUGAAUUUUAUGAAUGGGCUGUAUAGCAGUUGAUGAUGGGAAUUAUGCUCUUUGGGUCUAGCUUUUAGUGAUUUCAAUCUGUUUGUUUUCCUUAUUUUCUUUUUUUAACUUCUUGAUUUAUGGAGUUUCUGUACUUCCCAAAGCUAAGUAACCAAUAAAAAAUGUUUUAUUCCUUUCUUCGCCUUUCUUGGUCGUUUACCGUUUGACCUUGCUUUACUCCCAGGUAAACCAUUGCCGGUGUUCUUUACCAGAAGUAUUGUUGCCGACUCCUUUCUCACUAUUCUUUCCCUUAUUCUUCGACUCUAUUUUUGGGGAGGUUUUUUGUUUUGCUUCUAUCUAUAUAUAAUUUCUGCUUCAGCAAUCCAAGGUGAGCACAACCAGAGACAACUUCAUUAUCAACUAUCUCAGUAAGGCCCUAUUUUGCCUGAUGAUAUGAAAGUAAAAGUGAAGACGGGGGAAAAAGGUGAUGAACCCCUAAGUCUUGUUUCAGGGGCUUCUUCAAAUCAUACCAACCUGAGAAGCUUCAGUCCCUCUUGGCUUCUUUGCACCAUUGCUGGUAAUUUAUUCCGAUAUCUACUCAAUUUUUUUUUACCUCUUCUGUUAAUUGUGUACAAAACUUAUUGAAGUAGUUACUGUUAAUAUCGGAAAAACAUGGGCGUCACGAAGGAGAAGGAAAUCUUUGAUAUCUUUAUG